UGUUCGCCUAGCACCUGACUGCGCGCCGGCCGACGCCAUGUCGGAGAAGGCGCUGAAAGGCUUGCACGCCUCCAUCGACCUGAUCUGGAAGGACCCUGCGCGGAAGGACUAUGCGCUGAAGGCGCUGGCAGUGCACGGCCGGGCGCUGCAGUUUGCGUCCCCAGAGCUGCGGGCCGACAAGGAGGUGGUUCAGAAGGCGCUGAAGAGUGAUGGCUGGGCCUUGCAGUGGGCCUCGCAGGAGUGCCGCAAAGACCGGGAGCUGGUGCUGAAGGCAAUGAAGAAGGAUGUGGGCGCGCUGAAGUUUGCGGCACAGGAGCUGCUGGCGGACAAGGACUUCGCGCUGGAGCUCCUGGCGCUGAACGGGCUGGCCUACGAGUUCUUGAGCGCGGAGCUGAAGGCCGAUCGCCAGGUGGCCAAAGCUGCAGUCACCCAGGAUGGCCGGGCCUUGGAGCUGAUGGAGUUCCAGGGCGAUCGGGAGCUCGUUCACAAGGCGGUGCAGCAGAAUGGGGCGGCCAUCGAGUUCGCGGCGCCAGAGCUCAAGGAGGAUAAGCUGCUCGUGACCUCCGCCCUCAAGAACGACACCAGUGCCUACCACUGGGCCUCCCAGGAGCUGCGGGACGACCGGGAGCUGUGGCUGCAGAUCUGCCCGGAGCGGUCGGAGCGCUGGCGCAGCGUGCGCCAAGUCAUGGAGGAGGUGUCCAAAGAGGGCGCCUUGCUGCCGAUGGUGGGCGACAUCCUCGCGAAGGAUCCGGAAGUUGUUUUCCGGGCGGCUGUGCAAAACCCUUCGGUGCUGCGCGACGCCCCAGAGCUGCGGAACGACACCGAGUUCGUCUUGCGGGUGGCUCAGCAGGACUUGAGAGCGCUGGCCUUUGCGCCGGAGUUGUCACGUGAAGUCGCCCUGCAGGCGCUGCAGAUCAGCGGCAAUGCUCUGGAGUACCUGCCGCAGGAGCUGCGGGAGGACAAAGCCCUGGUGCUCGGAGCAGUGCAGACCACCGGCACGGCGCUUGCCUUCGCCGGGGAAGACUUGAGAGCCGACCCGGAGGUGGUCCUCGCGGCCUGCGCCGCGGACCGCACGGCGCUGCUCUACGCGGCGCCGGAGCUUCGCCGGGACAAGGCCGUGUGGCUCUACAACGGAGCUACUCCCCCCUCCUUCGAUCCGCCGGAGGAGCCCGUCGAGGAGCCCAAGAAAGAUGAGGAGGAAGUUUGAAGAGAAGUGGACGUCAGCAAGCAGUGCACAUGAAUCAGCAACAUGACGUGUGAAAACCGGAGAUGAGAGACCAAUGUCUCCUGCAAAAUCAGCAGACC